AUGCCCACAUUUCAUGACGUGAUGAUGGCCUACAAGGCCACACGGCCCUACGUCCAUGAGACGCCUGUGAUCGCGAGCAACUCAAUACAGCAGUUUUCCGGGCACGAGGUUGCGCUAAAGUGCGAGAAUCUGCAGCGUACGGGAAGCUACAAUCUUCGCGGUGGAAUGAACUUUGUGAUUCGCACCAAACUGCUGGACCUUAGCAUCAACCACUUUGUGGCGCAGAGCACCGGCAACCUUGGGCUUGCGGUCGCCCUCGCCGCCAGCUCAUUUUCUGCGACGGGGCACAUUGUGAUACCUAAGCGGGCCAAUGACGUCGUCGUGCACUCCAUUGCCCACUACAGUGGGAAGGUCUACCGCUGCGGCGACGCACGAGAUGAGCAGAUGAAACUCACGCAAAAGCUUGUAAGUGACAACAAUAAUACCAGCAAAAAGAAUGGGGUAAACGCCUGUGUCUUUGUUCACCCACAGGAUGACUGGUUGAUCGCGGGUUACGGAACGCUGGGGGUGGAGUUAAUGCUGCAGACCGACGGCCGCCUCGAUGCCGUGGUGGUGCCGGCGAGCGAGGGAGCACUUUUGGCGGGUGUCGCCCUCGCGGUGAAGGGCAUGAAGCCGAACGUCGCCGUCUUCGCCGCCGAAUGUGACGCACGAGAUCCCAACAGCGACUUCGAGGACGGGCCUGUCGUUGCCGUCAACAAGGGGGAAGGCGGCGGCGACCAGGACCACAGCACGCAGCACGCCAACAACGCCGUCGAUGUGGCGCGCCAGCUGCGCACGCCGUUAAACGCCACGGCCGCAAAAUGUGUAAAUAAAUACGUGGACGGUGUGAUCAAGGUGACGGAGAGGCAAAAGCGUGACGCUUUCCGCUUUGUGUAUGAGCGCUGCAAGCUGGUGGUCGACGAUAGUGCAGCAACAGCCGUGGCUGCCGUUUUGACGCGGCCGGCGUCCUUGUCGCAGUACGAUCACAUUGGUAUCGUGUUGGCAGGCGGCAAUGUCGACCUCGACGACAUCCCGCGGCUGGCGCGGCUCUGA